AUGAAGCCUCGUUGCAUUUUAGGAUCACAGAACAAUGACCUAAAAAGACAGUUUCUGCUGGAGCGUCUGCUGGAUGCAGUGAAACAGUGCCAGAUCCGCUUUGGAGGGAGAAAGGAGAUUGCCUCGGAUUCCGACAGCAGGGUGACCUGUCUGUGUGCCCAGUUUGAGGCUGUCCUGCAGCAUGGCCUGAAGAGGAGCCGGGGAUUAGCGCUAACUGCGGCCGCGAUCAAACAGGCAGCAGGCUUCGCCAGCAAAACCGAAACAGAGCCCGUGUUCUGGUUCUAUGUGAAGGAGGUCCUCAGCAAGCACGAGCUGCCACGCUUCUACUCCCUGCGCCACAUCGCCUCGGACGUGGGCCGCGGCCGGGCCUGGCUGCGCUGUGCCCUCAACGAACACUCCCUGGAGCGCUACCUGCACAUGCUGCUGGCCGACCGCAGCAGGCUCAGCACUUUUUAUGAAGACUGGUCUUUUGUGAUGGAUGAAGAAAGGUCUAGCAUGCUUCCUACCAUGGCAGCUGGUCUGAACUCCAUCCUUUUUGCAAUCAACAUCGACAACAAGGAUUUGAAUGGGCAGAGUAAGUUUGCUCCUACCGUCUCAGACCUCUUAAAGGAGUCCACGCAGAAUGUGACGUCCCUGCUGAAGGAAUCCACGCAGGGAGUGAGCAGCCUUUUCAGGGAGAUCACAGCAUCGUCUGCCGUCUCUAUCCUCAUCAAACCUGAGCAGGACACCGACCCCCUGCCCAUCGUGUCCAAGCAUGUCAGUGCUGAUGCCAGAUGUAAAAAGGAGCGGAAGAAGAAAAAGAAGGUGACCAACAUUAUCUCUUUUGAUGAUGAGGAAGAAUGGCAGAACUCUGGCGAUGUUUUUAAAAAGAUCCCCGGGGCAGGGGAGAGCUCAGAGGAGAACUCCGACCGCUCCUCCAUCAAUAUCAUGUCGGCCUUUGAAAGCCCCUUUGGGCCAAAUUCCAACGGAAGUCAGAGCAGCAGCUCAUGGAAAAUUGAUUCUCUGUCCUUGAAUGGGGAGUUUGGGUACCAGAAGCUCGAUGUGAAAAGCAUUGACGAUGAAGACGUGGAUGACGAGGAUGAUGUGUACGGGAACGUGUCGGGAAGGAAAUGCCUGGGCCACUCGGGGUCACCUGAGAAGCCACUGGAUGGGAACACCCGCCUGUCCCAGAUGCACAGCUGGGCCCCUCUGCAGGUGCUACACGGCGACACCGACGUCCUCUUUCCGGUCAGUGGAGUGGCCUCCUACAGCCCUGCAGAUGCCCCCCUUGGAAGCCUGGAGAACGGGACAGGACCGGAGGACCACGUUCUCCCGGAGCCCGGCCCCCGGUACAGUGUGGAGGCCAGUCCUCCUGGCCAGGGAAGCCCUCUGAGCAGCCUGUUACCUUCUGCCUCCGUGCCAGAGUCGAUGACAAUUAGUGAACUGCGACAAGCCAUUGUGGCCAUGAUGAACAGGAAGGACGAGCUGGAAGAAGAGAACAGGUCUUUGCGGAACCUGCUGGACGGGGAGAUGGAGCACUCAGCGGCCCUGCGGCAGGAGGUCGACACCUUGAAAAAGAAGGUGGCCGAGCAGGAGGAGCGGCAUGUCCUGAAGAUCCAGGCGCUGGCAAGAGAAAACGAGGUGCUCAAAGUCCAACUGAAGAAAUACGUAGGAGCUGUCCAGAUGCUGAAAAGAGAAGGUCAAACUGCUGAAGUUGUACCAAAUCUUUGGAACGUUGAUGGAGAAGUUGCAGUCACCGAGCAGAAGCCGGGUGAAGUGGCCGAGGAGCUGGCGAGCUCCUACGAAAGAAAGCUCAUUGAGGUGGCGGAGAUGCACGGCGAGCUGAUUGAGUUCAACGAGCGCCUGCACAGGGCCCUGGUGGCCAAGGAGGCCCUCGUGUCCCAGAUGAGGCAGGAGCUCAUUGACCUGCGGGGACCGGUGCCUGGAGAUUUGAGUCAAACAUCCGAAGACCAGAGUUUGUCGGAUUUUGAAAUAUCAAACCGGGCACUGAUCAACGUCUGGAUCCCGUCGGUGUUUCUCCGGGGCAAAGCGGCCAACGCCUUCCAUGUGUAUCAGGUCUACAUCCGGAUAAAAGACGAUGAGUGGAAUGUCUAUCGGCGCUACACAGAGUUCAGGAGUUUGCACCACAAGUUACAGAGCAAGUACCCUCAAGUGAGGGGCUACAACUUCCCACCCAAAAAGGCCAUUGGAAACAAGGAUGCCAAGUUUGUGGAGGAGCGGAGGAAGCAGCUCCAGAAUUACCUGCGCAGCGUCAUGAACAAGGUCAUCCAGGUGGCCCCCGAGUUCGCUGCCAGCCCCAAGAAGGAGACCCUCAUGCAGCUGAUGCCCUUCUUUGUUGACAUCACCCCUCCUGGAGAACCGCUGACCAAGAACACCCGGCCCAAAGUGGCUUCCCGCUUCCCCAAGCUGUCCCGAGGUCACCCCAGAGAGACCCGCAACGUGGAGCCCCAGAGCGGCGACCUCUGACCUCCGCCGAAUCCCAGACUUGGGCCCUAUGUGCUGCACCAGCUGCCUCCACCCAGCCACUACGCAUCUGACCUGGCCCCAGCAGCCGGCCCCUUCCACCCUGGAGUGAGCCCCCCGUCACCUGGUGAAGCCCCGAGAGCACACCUUCCUCCCCAGUCCCAUGACACUGAUUAAACUGGGCAGUCUCAGAGGGCAAGGCGGCUGCUCGCCGGACACACGGGCGCCCUCCCAGGGCCUGCCCAUUCCUCUUCCUCCAGCCCAGGGGCCGGCAGGAGGGUGGGCACCAGGGGGAGCACAGAGCCCCGUGGUAGAGAUGCACAACUCUGAGGUGGGUCAGAGACCACCUCUUGACUCUUUUCCACAUGGGAAUUAGAAUGACUGUUACCCUGGGUUUUGCUUUUUUUUUUUCUUUUUUCAUAACUGCCUGCUGUAACCUAUGGCCACGUGGGGUUGGGGGGGGGGAGGUCACGUUCCUUCCCCUUUUACUCUCUACCAGGGGCCCUAAAACCCCCUGGUUGUAGAAUCCGUGGCCAGUGGUAGCUCACGUGGCCUCCUCGAGGAAGACAUGCUAGUGGCCUCCUUGUGAAGGAGCUACUAAGGACCCUGAACUGGGGUGCAUAGAGCACUUCCCCCAACCUUCUGAGGUUGGCUUCUGGAAGUACUAGCCCCUUUAGGAAACCAGAGGCCGCCUGGGCCCACAUGCACCUUGUGAGGCUUGGCGGGCCCUGGGCUGUCUAGAAUUCCAGGGCCUUGACCUUACAAGCCAA